UCAUCAAUUUGUGUCAUUCUUGUCCAUUCACAAACAAAGGCUUUGGUUCAAGUACGACAGUAGUCGUAAUAGGACAAGAAUUGUAGCUUGAAAUUUAUUUUGUAUAUGAAGAAAGCAGGAAAAAAGUUUGCGCAGACCCAAGCCUUACUUUUGAAGACUUGGAAUUUUCAGAAACGUCAACACGGUGAAAAUGCUUGCAACAUUUUGGUGCCUAUUGUACUUCUUGUUUUGACGUAUAUACUCGGAAAAGUCUUGGGUACAGGUAGUCGGGUACCUGUAAAGUCAAGUCGCGCCAAUCCUAUUGGUGCAUUUGCUCCGAUGCCUUUCGAUCCUUAUGAUUGUCACCGAGCCUAUAGUGACCCAGAACUGUGUUUGAAGGAUCCUUUUGCACCAAAGCCCAUUCUGUUUCCUUAUUGGGCUGCUAACGAGACAAUACCAGGUCUUGUCGAAUACGAGUCGUGUGACCCUCUUAAGAAUGAAACUCUUUGUCUCGAAAUUGCUGGAAAGAAGAAACAAGGAAAAGGAGUAUUCGAUCAUUAUUCGUUGUAUCCUAUGAUUUAUCCAGGUGCUAUACCUCCUGCCAAUUUUAGUAAGGAACAAAACUCUUACGACGGCAUAUAUCUUUAUAAAAUAUUCCAUGACGAGGCAAAUAAUUCGAUUUAUAAUGCAACAAUACAAGCACAAAACGCUUCUGUUCCUUAUAUUGAUAAUGUAUAUGCACUACGCGUAGAGCCCUUCGCGUCCGCAGAUCAACUGAAACAAGAAAUCUAUCAUUCAUUUUAUAAUCAACCUUUUUUUGCUAAAUAUUAUGGCGGUUAUAUCAUAGAUCAACUGAACGUCAAAAAUGUCAGCUUGAAUAUUUCAGCACUUGUAUUGUACAAUCAAACUUUGCUAAAUUGGCCUUCCGCGAGUAUAAGUCAACCAGCUGCCAGAUUUUGUGAUAAAGGAAAUUGCGAGUUGAUUUCUGGUGUGAUGCGUCUCUCUGAUGCACUUUAUCGUUAUUUCACUGCAAAAAAUACAAGAAUUUUCAACUAUCUCAGAAAAUUUCCUCGUCAUCAUAAGAAGUCUACAAUAGACUUCAUUCAGUUGGUAGUUUCCAUUCUUUUGGGAUUCCUGCUUCAUUUUCCGUUGCCAACUUUUUUGAGAUAUAUCGUCUAUGAGCGAGAAAAUAGAUUACGCGAUAUUAUGCAGAUGAUGGGAUUAUCUUUUUCAACAUAUUGGAUAGUGACUUAUAUUUCAUUUCUUCUCUUGUAUAUUGUCGUUGCUGGAGUUACUACUAUUGUUGGAGUUAUCCUUCAAUUAGAAUUUUUUAUGAAGAAUACUCCUUUGAUGUAUCUUAUUUUGUUCUUUCUAUGGGGAAACAAUCUUAUUGCCUUUGCUAUGAUGUUGGCACCUUUUCUUCCUAAUGUGGAUACAGCAGUCAUUUUUGGAUGGUUUUAUGUUAUUGUUGUCAACUUCUUGGGGGCUCCUUAUACAGGCAAACUUUACACAUAUCGUGCCGAAAGUAGCCUUCUUUUUGCUAUUUGCUUUCUUCCCUCUUUUGCUUUCUUUCGAGUUUUAUAUUAUGUUGGAGAAAUUAAUGAUCGUGGCUAUGGUCUCUGUGUCUCAGGUUGUUACGUUGCCAACUUUAAGAAUGGUAUACGUUAUCCUUUGGGCAUGUGUUCUGGACCAUCUUCCGUUUGUACAGUGUAUGUUUUUCUGAUAGUAGAAUGGUUCAUUUUUUUAGUUUUGGGUUUAUAUUUCGAUCAAGUCAUAUCAUAUAGUGGUCGAGACAGGAAACAUCCUUUGUUCUUUUUGGUUCCGUUGAAACGCAUUAUUUUAUCACAUAAAGGAAAGAAUGACGUGAUGAUUGGCACAACAGGCGGACCUGACAAGUCGAAAAAUUCGUCGGAAGGUUUCUUAGAAAGAGUUGAUGGCUACGAAGAUAUCCGUAAUGAACGUGAAGUAGCGGAACAGUCUUUACAAAGUCUCGAUUAUGGACUCUCUAUCUCACAUUUAUCCAAAUGGUUUCCUGGCAGACCACCAAAGAAAGCAGUAAAUGACUUGUCUUUAGCUAUAAGAAAGAAUGAGGUUUUUGGCCUUUUAGGUCACAACGGUGCAGGGAAGACUACCACAAUGAAUAUUGUCGUUGGUCAAUUACAGGCAGAUAGAGGGAAAGUGAUUAUUGAUGGUUUCGACUUGAAAAGGGAAAGAAAACAUAUUCUAUCUCGGCUAGGAAUAUGUCCUCAGUUUGAUAUUCUUUGGAGCGAUCUCACUGGAAAAGAACAUCUCUAUUUCUAUUGCAGACUUCGCGGUAUUAUUGGAAAGGAAUGCGAAAAGGAGGUUGAAAGCUCACUGGCUUCUGUUCAGUUGGAGUCUGCCGCAGACCGAGUUGUGAAAAAGUAUUCUGGUGGAAUGAGACGGCGACUGAGUGUUGCUGUUUCUUUAAUUGGUUUUCCUUCAGUUGUAUUAUUAGAUGAACCUUCAACUGGAUUAGAUCCAGAUUCUAAGCACAAGUUAUGGCAGUGCAUCCAACAGAGGAAGGAGGGCAAAACUAUUGUUUUAACAACACAUUCCAUGGAAGAAGCUGAGCGACUGUGUGACCGUACGGGAAUUAUGGCCAAUGGAAGUUUGAAAUGCAUUGGCUCUCCUGAAGAAUUAAAAAUUCGCCUUGGAAAAGGCUUUCGAUUGAAUAUUUCUUGUCCACGGAAACGAAUUCAAUCAGUUCGUUCCUUUAUUGAGGAACAAUAUCCAGAGGCAUUUUUAGAUCAUUCCUUAGCUGGUAGUAUAAUAUUUUGGCUUCCACGUAAUAUUUCUAUUGCAUCGGUUUUUGAGUUGAUGGAAAAAGUCAAAGAUGAACUCUCUAUUCAAGAUUGGGGUAUAAGUCAAAGUACCCUUGAAGACGUAUUCAUCAGUGUCACCAGAGAUGAAGAAAGAAAGUCUUUGAGUGUAAAAAUUGAGUAGCGUUUGUGGUGCAUUUAGAGAGAGAGAGAGAGAGAGAAUCCAACUCUCGACAAGAUAUGAGACAGUGACCACGUUCAUAUUGUAUAUUAUAUGAAACGGUUAUGAAAUAAAUAAUGCAUGUAUUGUCAAUAUGAUUUGGGAGUUUUAUGCUCCGUUUGAGAAUGGUCCUCUCACUCACUUUGAUUGCAAUGGAAGUUACUAUAAAUAGAAAUUCCGUUGG